AAUCAACGUUUAGUUCAGCAGAAACGGUAUUGACAUCUUCUCACAACUGCUAUCUGAAGGAGGAGAAAGAGCUGGUUGUUGCUGGUUAUCCCCAAAUUGAUGAUGGUCCAAUUGUUGAUAACUUCCAAAUGGAGCAAA